AUGGCAGCAGCUGAAGAAGCCGUAGUACUCUACCCAUCGCCGGCGAUAGGCCACUUGAUAUCCAUGGUGGAGCUUGGCCGCUUAAUCCUAACCCACCGUCCUUCCUUCUCCAUCCACAUCGUCCUACCUCCGGCGCCAUACCAAGCCGACGCCACCGCCCCUUACAUCGCCGCCGUCUCCGCCUCCACUCCCUCCAUCACCUUCCACCGCCUCCCUCCUCCUCCGGCCACCGCAGUUUUCCCCCAAUCACCUCACCACGAGAUCCUCGUGCUCGAAACCCUCCGCCUCAGCCUCCCCCACCUCCGCCGCACACUCGAACAAAUAAUCUCCCAAUCCGCCGCCGUCCACGCCCUAAUCCUCGAUUUCUUCAGCACCGCCGCGCUCUCCGUCGCCGCCGAGCUCGAAAUCCCCGGAUACCACUUCUCCACCUCCGGCGCCGCCUGCCUCGCUUUCUGCUUCCACCUCCCGGCAAUCCACAAAACCCAACCCAAAAGCUUUCGUGAACUCGGCCGCCGUACGGUCCUCGAGGUUCCCGGAGCUCCGAAGCUGCCGGCGUCCGAGGUCCCGAAGAUUCUCCUCGAUCGGGACGACGACGUUUACCGGUACUUCCUCGAUUUCACCGCGCGCGUGCCGGAAUCCGCGGGGCUGAUAGUCAACACGUUCGACGCGCUGGAGGGUGAGGCGGUGAAAGCGAUUUCCGCCGGGCUGUGCCUUCCCGACCGCCCAACUCCGCCGCUGUACUGCAUCGGGCCGCUGAUCGGCGACGGCGGAGCGAGGAAGGAAGGAUCCGGCGCCGAUUGUCUUGCCUGGCUCGAUUCCCAGCCGAAACGGAGCGUCGUUUUCCUCUGCUUCGGCAGUUUGGGGAUUUUUUCUCGGGAGCAACUGGGAGAGAUUGCUAUUGGCUUGGAGAGGAGCGGGCAGCGGUUUCUGUGGGUGGUGCGGGACCCACCUUCGGGGGAUAAGCGAAACGCCGACGUUUCGGUGAAGGAUCCGGACUUGUCGUUGGAGGGCCUGCUUCCCGACGGGUUUCUGGAGCGGACGAAAGAGAGAGGACACGUGGUGAAGUCGUGGGCGCCGCAGGUGGAGGUUCUGGGUCACGAUUCGGUGGGCGGGUUCGUGACCCACUGCGGGUGGAACUCAGUGCUAGAAGCGGUUCGAGCCGGGGUGCCGAUGGUGGCGUGGCCGCUCUACGCGGAGCAGAGGUUCAACCGGGUUCUGCUGGUGGAGGAGAUUCGGAUCGCACUGCCGAUGUUGGAGCGCGACGACGGGAGCGGGUUCGUGGAGGCGGCGGAGGUGGAGCGACGGGUCAAGGAGCUGAUGGAAAUCGAAGGAUCGGGAGAGCUGGUGAGGCGGAGGAUGGACGAAAUGAAGAAAGCAGCGGAGGAUGCACUGAGCGACGGUGGUUCUUCUCGGGUCGGGUUGUCGCGACUCGUUGACUCGUGGAGGAGAUAA